AUGUCUCCAAAGGCUUGUCUAGAAGAAAACCUGGGGUCAAUAGAGAAAGAAUCAGAUGACAAGGAAAUUGUUCACGAAACUGGAUUUGUGACGAUGAAAAAGGCGAGAUUCAGAGAAUCAAGAGACCACCAGACGAAACCAAAUAGAGGAGUUCUGGUGGGGGGUUGGAGGAGUAGAGAGUUAAAGAUGAUCGACAGAGAGGAAGAAGAAGAAGAAAGAAAGAAGAAGAAGAGAAAAGUCUUGGGGGAAAUGCCCAACCUCCAGUCCUCUGAAGCCGAGGAGAUUGCAGGAAAAUGGCGUUGCCCUCAGAAAAACAAAGUUAAAUCAGGUCCGGCAUUGAAGCAGCUUCGACUUGAUACAUGGAUACAUAAAGUAUGA